UUAACGUUUGAAUGAUAGAUAUGGAGAGCUGCUGCCUUCGCGUCGCGUUUCUUCUCGCGUCUUUAUUGAUGCUCGAUGCGCAGAUGCUCUGUUGGCAGGCGCUUCUCACGUGUCACAGAGAGCGAGACUGCGAACUCGCGUAUGAUCAAUACCUCACCGCGUGCGAUGCGAACAUCCGCGGGGACCGGGGUCACUGUCCGAGCCACUGCAUCAGCGCGCUCAUCCGACUCAACCAGACCACCGACGGGCCGAACUUGGAGAACUGCGACUGCGGGAGAGACGCAGAGUGCCUGCGCACCAAACGCGCUAUCGAACCGUGUCUGCCGCGAACGCAUCCCGGUGGCGCGCUCGGGAUUGGCUGCACAGAAGCGCGGCAGCGUUGCGAGGACGAGCCUGGCUGUCAGUCGUCUCUGACGGCUUAUCUUUCCCGUUGCGGUCAGCUGUUUAACGGGAGAAAAUGUUCAUCCCGGUGUAAAGCGACUAUAGAGGAGCUGCUGGUCAUGCCGAACGGGAUGAUGCUGAACGAAUGCGUCUGUGAUGGACUCGAGCGGCCUUUCUGUGAGGUGGUCAAACAAAACAUGUUGAGACUUUGCUCGAUUGGAGGGUUUUCUGUUGACCAUGAUGCCAUGGAUGAUAUAUACGAGGACGAGGAUUAUGAGACGAAAGCAGAGAGAGAUGUGACGGACUCGUAUGCGGUGAUGUCCACGUGCAGUGCCAUCGCUGGUUCUCGACAGGUGCUUUUACUUUGCGCAUUGUUUGCGCUCAUCUGUGUACUGUAGGCAACACUCAAUGGAUUGAAAAGUGUCCUUCUCAAACCCAAAGGCCACUGAUGUUUGUCCAGACUGAAGGAUUUUGCAAGACACAAACUCACUGCAGUCUUUUGAUUGGAUUUCAUCACGACACGACUUUUCUGUGGUGCUUCAAGUCUCUUUAUUCAGUAAGAUCUUUGACAAACGAUCGGCUGUGUGUUGCCAGCAGUCUUUCAUUGUCCCCACAUCACACUUCAAAUAUUUGCAGUGUGUGUCCGCUUAAAGGAGUUUGUGUUGGGAUCAAGUGCUUCAUUUAAGUGAAGAGGCUCUUCAGAAGCUGUUAAACACUUUCACUCCACUGCUGGCUUCUCCUGGUGUCAUGAUUCAAUGAUGCUCAUUAAAAACAAGUCUGGUGUUGGUCUAUAGUCCUGGUUUUAGUGCUGGUUUGAUGCUAACAUGUGUCAACACAAGUUUUGCAUCUUAAACUGCUGAUCACGGACACUGAAGUUUCUGUCUGUAACUCAAGCAGUUCAAUAUUAAAGGACGGUCAUACUU